AUGAUUAAAGAAGAUAUGAAAAUACAUAGUCCUUCCAGAAGGAAUUCAAGGCUAAUAUCGAGCACAUUAAUACUUUUGGGUCUCAUACUGUUUCUAACCAUAACUUGGAAGGACUAUUCAGAAACUAUAGUAGACGCAGUGGCUUCUUCAAGUUUAUUAGAUAAUCCAACGAUAAAUAAAAAAAUUGAUGAUAUACCCAAGAAUGGGAAACUGAAUAAUAAUCUUUUGUCUAACUCAGCACUAGUAUCAUCUUCAGUUACCCCAACUGCACAAACAAGCUCAACUCCAAUCAAAAAUGAAAUGGAAUUAAAUUCUAUCAGAGUACAAGAACAAAUUUCAACAAUACUGAACGAAAUGUCGACAGAUAAGAUAUUAAAACCUAAAAAACUACUAUCUCCAUCAAAAUUGAAAAAAUUAAAUCCUGAAUCAGCUUCGUUCGAUGUAGAAACAAAUUUCAAUGAAAUACUAAAUACUUCUCCAGUUGUACUUUUCAUUAAGACUUCAGAUAAACAAUCAAAUUAUUUCAAAAACUUAUUAUUGAGGGAAUAUGAAAUAUCUCCUGAAGUUGCCGUAGUUGAUUUGGAUAAACAUAGUAAUGGCGCCAAAUUACAAGAAUACAUUAGAAAGAAUAAAUUAAUGACGAAAGAUCAAAAACUGCCUUACCUAUUCAUUAAUAGCGUAGCUAUAACAAAUAAUGACAACUUGAAAAAAUUCCAUAAAGAUGGUACUUUACUAGAAAACUUCAAAAAAUUAGGUAAUGGUAAAAUCAUGUUUAAGAAAAUCGAAGCUCCUUCUAACUCAUAG